AGGCCUAGGGGGCCACGUGACCCUCCCCCAGGAAUGCGGUGACGUCACCGGGGGCGUGGCCGUCCCCAAAAUUGGGGAGGAAGGGAAAAAAAACUAGAAAAAGUUUCUUUCCUGGAGUCCCAAACGAGGUCUGGGACAGAAGGGGGGAGGGAGUCAAGGCCACAGGCCCAGGACUCUGUGGGUCCCUGACUGGUGUCUGGAGUCCUCCCGUUCCAGGCCAUGUCAGGUCCCACCUGGCUCCCCCCGAAGCAGCCGGAGCCCGCCAGAGCCCCUCAGGGGAGACUACUCUCCCGAGGUGCCCCAGGGGCACCACCAGCCCACGGAGCAGCACUCCAGCCCCAUCCCAGGGUCAAUUUUUUCCCCCUCCCAUCUGAGCAGUGUUACCAGCCCCUAGGCGGACCGGAGGAUCGGGGGCCGGCCUGGGUGGGGUCCCAUGGACCACCCCAGCGUUCGCAGGGGCUCACUCCAGACCGGGGGUGCCUGCGCCCAGCAAGUCUGGAUGCUGAGAUAGAUUCGCUGACCAGCAUGCUGGCUGAGCUGGACGGGGGUCGUGGUCAUGCUCCACGGCGACCAGACCGACAGGGAUAUGAGCCCCCUCAGCUACCUGCCUAUUGCCCAGGCUCCCUGAAGCCCAACGGAGGAGGGGGUGUUCCACCACCCCUGCUCCCAGCAUCCCGCUAUGGGGGCCCCACUCCGGCCUCCUAUGCUACCGCCAGCACCCCAGCUGGACCUGCCUUCCCUGUGCAAGUAAAGGUGGCCCAGCCGGUGAGAGGCUGUGGGCCGCCCAGGCGGGGGGCCUCUCAGGCCUCAGGGCCUCUCCCAGGCCCCCACUUUCCUCUCCCAGGCCGAGGUGAAAUCUGGGGAGGUGGCUAUAGGAGCCCCCGUGAGCCAGGGCCAGGAGGUAAAGAAGAGGCUGCAGGAGGAAGAGGAGGCAGGCAUGGACCCCAGGUUUCCCUGAGCCAGCCUCCAGAGGAAGAACUGGAGAGACUGACUAAGAAGUUGGUGCAUGACAUGAACCACCCACCCAGUGGGGAGUACUUUGGCCGAUGUGGCGGCUGCGGAGAAGAUGUGGUUGGGGACGGGGCUGGGGUUGUGGCCCUCGAUCGUGUCUUCCACGUUGGCUGCUUCGUGUGUUCCACAUGCCGGACCCAGCUCCGGGGCCAGCAUUUCUAUGCUGUGGAGAGAAGGGCAUAUUGUGAGAGCUGCUAUGUGGCCACCCUGGAGAAGUGCUCCACGUGCUCCCAACCCAUCCUGGACCGGAUCCUGCGGGCUAUGGGGAAGGCCUACCACCCUGGUUGCUUCACCUGCGUGGUGUGCCACCGUGGCCUGGAUGGUAUCCCCUUCACUGUGGACGCUACCAGCCAGAUCCACUGCAUUGAGGACUUCCACAGGAAGUUUGCCCCACGGUGCUCAGUAUGUGGUGGGGCCAUCAUGCCUGAACCAGGUCAGGAGGAGACAGUGAGAAUUGUUGCUCUGGAUCGCAGUUUUCACAUUGGCUGUUACAAAUGUGAGGAAUGUGGGCUGUUGCUGUCCUCGGAGGGUGAGUGUCAGGGGUGCUACCCACUGGAUGGACACAUCUUGUGCAAGGCCUGCAGUGCCUGGCGCAUCCAGGAGCUCUCAGCCACUGUCACCACCGACUGCUGAGUCUUCUUAGAAGCACCUGCUGUGAUCUCAGUCCCCAUCCAUCACCUUCCCUGAUACCUGCCUUUACAACUUUGUCACCAAAUGCUGUUUCUUGUCUCCAACCACGAAAUAAUAAUCCCUCAACAGUUUACAAAACACUUUCAAGUCUACUGUCUCACCUGGUCUCCCAGCAGCCCAAUACAAGCAUGAUUGUUCUCCCUGCUUAUUUUACACAUGAUAAUGCCAGAGCUGAGAUGUGACUCCCCAAUUCCAUCGUUCUCAAGUGCUGGCAAGAUCCGAACUUGGGUCUUCUUAGCUCUGGUCUUUUUUUUGUUUGGAUGUUGUUUUUGUGCUAGAGAUUGAAUAGAGGGCCUGACAUAUGCUAGAGAAGCUCAAGUUCUACCUCUGAGCUACACCCCAGUCUUGUAAUAUUUUUUGAUAUACUAGUUUGUUGUAAAGAUGCCCCUCAUCAGUGCCGGGAAAAGGCUGCGUCAUGCUCCAGGGAGGCAGCAUUUCCCAUCAAGCCUCAGAUUCAAUUCUUUGCAAAGUGACUUGGUGUUAUCCCUGGGAAUGGUGGUACGUUAAAUGUGGGGCAGGUCAAUUCCCCAUACUGCUCAGGAUUGUAACCUACGGCGAAUGCCACCAAAGUAACUGGGGUUAAGACAGAUUUGUCCGGUUUGCAUGAAAACACGGCGCCUAAACAAACGGUUUUGUAGGUAACGCAUACAGAAACACUAAUAAAGACUAGUUCUCUGGUGGAAGCA